AUGGGAAUUUUUUUAGACUUAAUUGAAAUGUUAGCUGAGUUUGAUCCAAUUGUCCAAGAAAAUGUUAGUAGGAUUACAAAUGAUAAUGUUCAUGUUCACUUUCUUGGGCAUAAAAUUCAAAACGAGUUAAUACUUUUGCUUGAUUCUACAAUUAAAAAUGAAAUUAUUAGAAAAAUUAAACAAGCAAAGUAUUUCUCUGUGAUACUUGAUUGUACUCUUAGCGUUAGUCACCAAGAACAAAUGUCUUUGAUAAUACGAUAUAUGAGUGUUUCUUCAAAUUCUGUUAGUGUUGAAGAAUCUUUUUUACGAUUUUUGAAUGUGAAUGAUACAACUGGUCAAGAGCUUUUUGAUGUUUUACAAGAUGAAUUAAAAAAUCUUGAUCUCGACAUAUUUGAUGUGCGGGGACAAGGUUAUGAUAAUGAGUCAAAUAAUGUAAAAUGGUUGACUCCAAAAUCAUUGUUAUCCACUCGUUGGGAGAGUCAUGUAGAUAGUGUCAAAGCUAUUAAAACUCAAAUGUCAGAUUUUAGAGAAGCUUUGCUUGAAGUGUCAGAAAAGGAUCUUGAUUCUAACAUUCGAAGUAUAGCUAAAUCCUUAGCAACAAAUGAGCUUGGUGAUUUUGAGUUUUUAAUAUCAAUAAUUAUUUGGUUUGAAAUAUUAUCCGCAAUUAAUGUAGUUAGCAAGCUCUUACAAUCAAGGGGUAUGAUUAUUGAUGUUACUAUAGAAACAAUAACAUGGUUGAUUUUAUUUUUUAAGGAAUAUAGAGAAAUCGGUUUUAUAAAUGCCUUGAAUUAUGCUACAAAAUUUGUCCUUGAAUUGAAUAUUGAUCCAGUAUUUCCUCAAAUGCGUAUAAUUCGAAGAAAAAUGCAUUUUGAUGAGAAUUUGAAUACCCCACCAAUUAAGCUAUUUGAAGAGGAAUUUUUUAGAGUUAAUUAUUAUUUUUAUCUUGUUGAUCAAGCUAUUGUAUCUCUUAAUAAGAUAUUUGAGCAAUACCAACAAUACCAAAGUGUUUUUGGUUUCUUAUUAACUUCUCAAAAUUUACAAUCAUUGGACAAUGCAACUUUAGAGUCUUGUUGUAGUCAUUUUGAAGAGACAUUGAAACAUAAUGAACAAUGUGAUAUUGAUGGGAAAGAAUUAUGUGUGGAGUUAAGGUUAUUAAGAGAUAUAUUGCUUGUAGGAAAUAUUGGACCUAUUGAUAUAUUAAGAUUUUUGAAAGUUGCCUCGGCAGAAAUAAGUUUUUCAAAAUUGUUGUUGAAGUCUUCCUUGCGGUCUACCAUGUUACAAGAAAGGCUUAAUGGAUUAACAUUGAUAGCAAUUGAGAAUGAUUUGUUGGAUAACAUACAAUAUGAAGACUUGAUUGAAGAUUUUGCUUCAAAAAAUGCUAGAAGAGAGACUCUUUUUUAA